UAACAAAUUUCUAAGUACUAAUAUUAAUGCAGGUUAUUAAAGAAAAUCACUCUUUUCAACACUGCUAAUACUAGGCAAAAUCACUAUUUUCAACACUGCUAAUACUAGGCGCCACACCAUACUCACUUCACUACACUUGCUAUGCUAUGCUUAGCUUCAACCAAACUCCACCAUAUUAUCACAACCCCCACUCUAAACCCUAGCUAUCCCUCAUCUCCUCUCUCUCUCUCUCUCUCUCUCUCUGCAACUCCAUAUAAAUGAAGCUGUUUGGGAUUCCCAGCUUUCAUUUUUUUAUAAACAAUACCUUACAUUAAUUUCUUCUUUCAACUGCAUAUUUGAUUUUAUUCCAAGUUUGUUUCCUUUUUCUCACUAAACCAAUUAGAUUUGUAUGAACUUGAGUCUAUGGCUUCAGCUUGCAUAAACAACAUAAGUAUGUCACCUGAGAAUUUUCCCGAUUGUUCUCCAACCAAAUACAACUCCUACAGCUGGUUAAGUCCUCGAAUCUCCAAUGAAAAAACAACUCCUUCAGAUAAGCCGGAAGUAUUACUAGAUCCAGAAGUUACCCUAAACGAAAUGACAGAUUUCGAGUUUCGACUCGAAGAUCCAGUGAAUAUGUUGCCUGCAGAUGAGCUUUUCUCUGACGGAAAACUCAUGCCUCUGCAGCUCCCGGCGAUCCGUCCGGCAGAGGUAGCAACCUCUACCUCAGCCGGUGUUAGAUCGCCAGAGACGCCAAAACUCCGUAUGAGAAAUGAGAUUUCUCGUACGGAGUUCUCUCCCAAAGCUCCUAGAUGUUCUAGUAGGUGGAGAGAGCUUCUAGGCUUGAAGAAAUUGCCCAACGACAUGCUAGAAGCUCAAAAAAAUUGUCUAGCUCAGUUGGCAGAACGCAAGGCUCUUAACCGUGUGGUCGAAGGUCAAAAAAACAGUAGCACAAACAGCACACAUAAAUCUCUGAAAAAUUUCCUCAAUCGCAGCUCAAAAUCCUCCAAUUAUUCUUCCAUUGAUGACUCCUCUAUUAACCUUCCGUUACUCAAUAAGGACUAUGAUAACGAGUCGAUAUCAAUUACUAGUUCCAGAUUAUCACUUUCAUCAUCUUCCUCAUCAGGCCACGAACACGAUGAUCUUCCUAGACUUUCACUUGAUUCCGAUAAACCAAGUUCACUUAGCCAUAACACUCAAAACAUUAAUACUAAUCCUCCUAGAAUUCGAUUAGUGAAACAUAGAGCUUUAUCGUCGGAAAAUCCUAUCCCUACAAGAUUGGGACAACCACCUGAUUCUACAGGUACCAGUAUUGUACGCGGACUUUCAAUUGACGAUAGUCCUCGAAUGAAUUCUUCAGGGAAGAUUGUUUUUCACAACUUAGGAAGAUGUUCAAGUAGUCCAAGCAGCUUCAAUGGUGGGCCAAGGUAUAAACAUGGAGGAGGAGGGGUAGAAAGGUCAUAUUCAGCUAAUGUUCGUGUUACUCCAGUUCUUAAUGUUCCAGUAUACAGUUCUCUUAGAGGUUCUUCAAAAUCUGGUGUAUUUGGAUUUCCUCUGUUUUCUUCUUCUUCUUCUUCUUCCUCACAGCAGAAAAAAGAUGGUGGUGGUAAUUAUAAUGUUAUUAACAAGAGAAAUCAUAGUAGCAGCAAGACGAGAACUGAUCGGAUCAAAUAAUGAAGUAUAAGCUACAAUGGUAAUCUAAUUCCUCAGCUUUCAAGAACAGUAGAGCCCUUCUUUUGUUCGAUUCUACGAGGCUUAGAAGAUUUUAUUAUGCUUUUUCUUGAGCCGAGUGUCUGUCAGAAACAACCUCUCUACUUCUCAAGGUAGGGAUAAGAUCUCCGCACACUCUACCACCCUUGACUCCACUCGUGGGAUUACAAGGCUUAGAAGAUUUAUGUAAAUAUGCAGGGAAUUAACUCUUGUUUGCAUGGACAAUUUUCUUCCUUUUUUGUUUAGCUAACUAACUUUGAUAGUGAAAGCUAAUGUUGUACGGAGUAGAAUUUUUCAAUUCUUACGUAUAUUGUAUCGUUGAAUUAAAGAUCCUUUCUAUGCUUUUGCUUUACCUGAAAA